CAGCAAUCGUCGAUACUUGCCGUCCCACUACGAGCAGCCAUCUCGGAGAAUGCUCUGCUUAAACAACACGUCCAUUGAUACGCUGUGCAAAGCCCCGCUGCACUCGUCGCCUAUUGUCAUGCAGCCCAAGCACCUUGCGCAGCUGAGCAAGCGUCCGACAACACCCGUGGUCCCACUGCCGGCGUGCUACGCCCACGCCAAGUACACAACGUCGCUCGUCGGCGGGAAGCGCGUGGCCUUUGUGCCGCACCAGGUGCGCCGGCUGCGUCUACGCCGCAGCAUGAAGCUGCGUAUUUCGCCCAUCUACGAAGACGGCUACCGCCAUUGUAUGCCAAGGUCGUCGCCGACGAUGGCGACUGGCCCGACGCUGGCGAUGCCUGGCAUGAGCUGCUAUCUCUAGCUACCUCCCAUUGCCAUAAGUGUCGUGAAUGUAUAUCUCGUCGUGUUGUCCU